AAUUUAUUCGCCGGUAAAAAGAGGGGGAAAUAAAAAAAUAUCGCCAGCUCACAGCGUCAAGCCCGCCAACCAGUCGCAACGCGCCACAACAUUGCAAACCAGCAAAUAGCAACGUCCGAGUGCAUUCCUCGUCAAUCCCACGCCAAGCACAAGCCUUGCCUAGCAUGUUCAUGAUCUCGUCCAUUGCCAUGUUCUUCCAUUGACCAUCAACGAUUGGGGUUUGGGUUCUCUUGUCCCCUCUCGUUGUGUUAUAUCGUCGAUAAUGCGUUUUCGUUGCUACAUCGAUUCCAUUUACCGGUACUGUCACUGCACUUUCUUCAACUCCCCUUGUCGAUGUAUCUGUUGCUGUUACUGUUGCUCUUAGGAGAUAUUGUGGUUGUCGUCGGAUUUACUUGUACAUAUAAGUUUUGUUUCUUCAAUCUGAGAAGAAUUCGACAAUUUGGGGGAUUAAGGAUCGGUUUUGUUUUGGGCUUUUGAUGGACAUAUUCCAUUCGCAAUCAAAUUUGUCUCUUGGCUUUUCUUCUCAUGCUUCGCCGCCUCAACGGACCCAGAUAACCGGCGAUUCCAUCUCUCUUCAGCUCGACUCAAGCUUUUGUGAUCCCUCGCUCCCGAUUCCUCCGGUUCCGCUUCAGUUGUUGGAGCCGCUGACGGAUAAUCACAAAGCGGAGAAUGGGAACUCGGCGGUAGAGUCCAAUGAAGAUGAAGAUAAGAAGGUCGAAGAGUUUCGUAUCCUCGGGCAUUCGAUGUGCUUGAAGAGGCGAAGAGAUAGCGAAUCAUCCUCAUCGUCUUCCAUUUCUUCCAAGUGGGUUUCGUUGGACCCCAAUCUCGAGGCGCGGAGAGCGGCUGUUCGAUCAUGGGGUAAUCAAUCCCUACAAGUUGCGGACCCUGACAUUUAUGAGAUAAUGGAGAAUGAGAAAAUAAGGCAGUAUAAAGGGAUUGAAUUGAUAGCUUCGGAGAAUUUUGUGUGUCGAUCUGUGAUGGAAGCACUUGGAAGCCAUUUGACGAAUAAAUAUUCAGAGGGAAUGCCGGGUGCGCGAUAUUAUGGAGGGAAUCAAUAUAUUGAUGCGAUUGAAACGCUCUCUUGUGAACGCGCAUUGGCAGCAUUCAAUCUGGACCCUAAAAGUUGGGGCGUGAAUGUGCAACCUUAUUCAUGUACCUCUGCGAAUUUUGCUGUAUACACGGGAUUGUUGUCGCCUGGUGAUCGUAUCAUGGGGUUGGAUACGCCAUCCGGAGGGAACACUAGUCAUGGUUACUAUACUCCAAACGGAAAGAAAGUUUCAGGGGCGUCAAUAUUCUUUGGGAGUUUACCAUACAAGGUGAAUCCUCAAACGGGUUAUAUUGAUUACGAUAAACUAGAGGAAAAGGCGCUUGAUUUUCGUCCUAAGAUACUUAUUUGUGGUGGGAGCUCAUAUCCUCGAGAGUGGGAUUAUGCCAGAUUUAGGAAUAUUGCAGAUAAAUGUGGAGCCGUGUUAAUGUGCGAUAUGGCCCAGAUUAGUGGGCUUAUUGCAACCAAGGAAUGUGUGAGUCCUUUUGACUAUUGUGAUAUUGUUACUUCAACAACUCACAAAAGUCUUCGAGGCCCCAGGGGGGGCAUAAUUUUUUAUAGGAAGGGUACCAAACCAAGGAAGAGAGGGAUACUUGUAAGUCAGGGAUAUGAAAGCGAACAAUAUGACCUUGAAGAAAAGAUAAACUUUUCUGUUUUCCCAUCCUUGCAAGGGGGCCCACACAAUAACCAUAUUGCUGCUCUUGCCAUAGCUUUAAAACAAGUGGCUACUCCUGAGUACAAGGCCUACAUGCAGCAAGUGAAGAGAAAUGCCCAAGCUUUAUCAUCUGCUUUAUUGAGAAGAAAAUGCCGCCUAGUAACACGGGGUACAGACAACCAUCUAGUACUUUGGGAUUUAAGGCCUUUAGGAUUGACAGGUAAAUUUUAUGAGAAGAUAUGCGAGAUGUGUCAUAUUACUUUGAAUAAAAUUGCUAUCUUUGGUGAUAAUGGAGCUAUAACUCCUGGAGGUGUAAGGAUAGGUACCCCUGCCAUGACUUCAAGAGGAUGUCUGGAGACUGAUUUUGAAAUGAUCGCUGAAUUUCUGUAUAGAGCUGCAAAAAUCGCCAAUAUAGUGCAGAGAGAUUAUGGGAAGUUGCAGAAGGCUGUCUUAAAAGAUCUUGAGAGCAACAAGGACGUUGUUGAGCUCCAAGCACGGGUUGAGGCCUUUGCAGCUCAAUUUGCAAUGCCAGGUUUUGACAUUUGAACAUGGAAACGUAUGGGGAUGGAGAGCUCCUUGGCAUUUUAGGCUGCUCUUAGGUUAUGAUGCAUAAUGUGGUACAGACAGUACACAGAGCAGUGUACUACUGUUGAGGAUGUUUUCAAUAAUCAAGCAUCUUUUCACCAUGGAGGAACCUUGUCUGCCGAUGGCACUGACAGCAUAUUGACUAUUUCAAAUGUUGGGAAAGGGCCUCUUGACCAACCAACCGAAGUCCAUAAUAAGAGUUGAUAUUGCAAGGUCAGAUGCCUUGAAUUUUCUACCCGGUCUUUGAUCCUGGAAUUUAUGUUAUCCUAUCAUACCUUCUCAACAUUAUUGUCUUUAUGGAUAACUUUAUUGUCAGUUUUAGCAGUUUAUCAUUUCAUACUUUGUUUAAGUUGUCAAAUACAUAGAUAAAGAUGUAAAUAAGCGAUUUUGAGUAAUUUUCUUGGGUAAAAUUUACACAAGUCAGUCUAAUCUUUUUCAACAAUUUACACAAGUCAGUUGGUCUCCUUAUGAAUAAAGCUCUAAUUUUUUUAUGCUAGUUGGAAUAAAAUAAUUACACUUUUCAAGGUGCCUUUUUAAUCAUUUUAGUUUUGUUGUCGAAGUGGGCUGGACUGAUUCAGUAAGGGGAAAUUAGAGUAAUUUUUUUUCAACUUGCCACCUGUUAGGGGUAGUGGAAAUGACCCUGUUGUAUUAAAAACUUGGCAAUUUGCCUAUUUGAUCCAUUUUUUUCUGGUAACCUUUGUCCCCCACAGGUUUUGGGAUUAGUUUUAGCAAUACAUGUCCCAAAUCUUUUAUUUUAACAAGUUGGAAUUCUUGUUUAGGAAAAGGCAACAAAUCUCUUUGACCCAAAGAAAUCUUUUGUGGUAGUGUAAACUGAUCAAUUUGACUUUUUUCUUCGGUUAUUUGUAUAUGUGUGUGUGUGUGUGUGUGUGUUAAUUUCAUGUGGCAUCCUGUGACGGGACCAUGUUCUGACUGAUGGGAAAAAAUUGAGGUAGUAAACUGCAGUCGACGCAAAAAAUGUAGUCAAGAUGUUAUAGUAUAUUGGUAUUGGUAUAUAUUCGUAAAAUGCUGUGAUGAUAUUGAAACUUGAUGUUUGCUUAUAUAAUGUUGUGAUCAUAUUGUAGGCAAGGUGAUUUGAGUUUAGAAGUGAAAUAGACCAUUACCGAGAGACUGACUUGUUAGUUCAUAUUAUUAGAUUUUGAUUCAAGAGAAACCUCCCAUAUUGAACUAGAACUUUUCAGAGUUCAGUACACCAAUAAUUUUCAGUUGGAGGUUCAUCAUCAUAAAUAAAAUUCUCUAUAUUCAUGCAUUUAUGUAUUUGUAGAGAUGUGACGCAAAACAAUAUGAUUGAGUCAAUUCUUUCUUUAUGUUUAUCAUCUCUCUCUAUUUGUUGGUCUGUUUUCCUUCCAAAUGCACUAUAUGUGUUUAUUUUUGUGAAUGUAGAGGAUUCUGAUUGGAUUCCUCAAAUCACAACAAGAAGAAGAAGAAGCCUUAUACCACUAGCCCACUAGGUGAUUGGGUAUAAGAGAUGAGGUGCUGUGUUAGUAUAGGGAUGUUCCCACUUCAAUUCAAGUUCCUAAUUUGUGUGACUCUUCAUUCUAGGAUUUUGCAUUGUGAUUUUGCUUUCUUGAGCCAAUUAAUUCAGAUGCCAGAGUCACACCGUUUCAAGUUGCAAUGGUGAAUUUUGUUUGGAAGGAGCAGCCAGUGAUUUUCCUCCCUCUGUAGUCAUCAAUGAUGCAAGCAGUUCCUUCCUCCAGCCUCUACAUUUUGAGAAAUGAAAAAAGACUUGGUUGCUGCUUGGUACAUGUUUGCUGGAGUGGAUUCCAGAUUGCGAUUCUUUAGAAAUGUCAUCCCAAAGCUUGUUAAAAUUUGUUUGGUCCUUCAUACACACACACAGUGAAGAUGCUGAGGUUGUGAAUUAAUUUAAUGCAAGUCUCAUCUUAAAUAUCCUAAUUGAGCAGACUGGGUUGGACUAACCAGUGCAACUGGUCUAUAGCUCAUCGGACCCUAAAAUGUAUUAUAAGAGAAAAGGGAUCAAGAGCCAACAAAAAUGUGGUUCCAUUUCUCUAACAAACAGUUGUUCAGUUGCAAUUGAAUUACCUGUUUUCUUG